AUACUCUACGGCUGGAGAGCUUGCAAAACUUGAACUGUCACUGUAUAUAUAUAUAAUUUAAUUGUGGUAGUGCGUGAUUACUGUAGUGUUUCACUGUCACGUAAGGGAACUCAGUCUACAGCAGUAGACAGACAGUAACCUUAUUCUACAUAUCUCUUAUCUGCCAUUAGAAAAAGUCAUGUGACGUUUAUGUGAUACAUUUUAUUACCAUGCAUUGCCAGUUAUUGAGAAAUUGCUGACUAGUUAACCGACGUGUGCCCGAUAGUAUUGAUUCAAAGUAGCAAAUUCGGAAAGGUAGCCUGCUACCGCCUGAUCGUUUAGGUUAAGUGUUUUGAUAUCGUAUUUUGUUAAUUAUGCGUGCAACUAUCGCAGUAUUCUGCGUUUUUCUCGGCUGUUGUAGCAACGUUGUGUUCUUAGAACUUUUUGUAAAAGAUGAUCCUGGUGGUGGAAAUUUGAUCACGUUUUCACAAUUCCUUUUUAUAUCGAUAGAAGGUUUUAUAUUCACUUCAAAAUGUGGAAAUGUAAAACCCAGAAUAGGAUUAAAGGAUUACCUUGUAAUGGUAACUAUGUUCUUUAUUGCAAAUGUUUGUAAUAAUUAUGCAUUCGACUUUAACAUUCCUAUGCCAUUGCAUAUGAUAUUCAGAGCUGGUUCUCUGAUAGCAAAUAUGAUUAUGUGUGUUAUUGUUUCAAAGAAGAGCUAUACAUUUAGCAAAUAUUUAUCAGUGAUUAUGAUUACUUUUGGAAUUGCAAUUUGUACACUUAUCAGUGGUAAAGAUAUCAAAUCGUUACGGGGUAAAAAUGUAGAACAUGUUCCUACAACUCCAUGGGAAGAUUUCUUUUGGUGGGCAUUGGGAAUAUCAUUAAUGACAGUUGCAUUACUUGUUUCUGCUAGAAUGGGUAUCCUUCAAGAGGAGUUACAUAAAAAGUAUGGAAAAAAUCCAAAGGAGGCAUUAUAUUACACGCAUUUAUUGCCCUUACCAUUCUUUUUAACUUUGGCACCUAAUAUUUGGGAUCAUUUUACCUAUGCAGUUAAUUCAGAGCCAUUAAGGGUAUCGAUGUUAGAUAUAUAUGUGCCAAAAUUAAUUCUGUUUCUUAUAGGAAACGUACUUACGCAAUAUGUAUGCAUUAGUUCUGUUUAUGUAUUAACAGCAGAAUGCUCAUCGCUUACAGUGACGUUGGUAAUAACAUUAAGAAAAUUUGUAUCAUUACUUUUUUCCAUAGUAUACUUUCGAAAUCCUUUUACAAUUUACCACUGGUUUGGUACAGUCCUAGUUUUUGUGGGGACAGUGAUAUUCACAGAAGUAGUACCAAAGAUUAAAGAAAGUUUAAAAAUUAAAGAGAAAAAGAAAGUCCAAUAAUAAAUAAUGCUACUAAUGAAACAAUUAUAUUUUAUUCUAAAUUAAAUAUUGUAAUAAAAAUGAAUUUUGUAUCAUCUAUUUUUGUAAAUACUUGAUGCAUGUAGUUUAUAUGUCUUUUAUUAUUAAUUUAGUUAUUGAACUAAUAAAAAGUACCAUUUGUAAUAUUAAUUAAAAACUACACUUUAAUUUA